GUGGCAGUCUCAGACAAUUCCACGACGCGAACAGUCAAUCCGGCCGCGAGACCACCAGCAAAUGUGACCGACUUACCCUGCACUGUCCACCCAUGACCGAUCAACAUUGAAUCAGUCCGAUCUCGAAGCAUCGGAGCCCGACCUGGCCCGCCCUGAUCACUUCCUGUCAGGACCACCCCCCGCUGCUGCCAUCUCUGCACGCGAGCAGGCCAUCCCUUUAGGAUUUCAUCCACAUAUCCCAAGUAGGUCUCCAGUCAGUCCAACAUCGAUCCGGCCUUCCUCCUUAGAGCAGUCUCAUUCUCACCACUGUGAGAGGUUGACUGACGCAAUCACAUCGUCUUCAGGCCGGCUAUUAUUCUCGAGUCCUCGCAUCCACCACAUGACGGCUCUACACCACACAGGACCUCUGUCGCUGCUUUUCCCGACCUCUUUUUGUCCUGUGGCGUUGUCUGAGCAAACUUGUUGAAGAGGCGGAAUAGAUUGACAAUUCUGUUUGCCAUUCCGUCCUCCGCCCCCAAGGCUUCCCGAUGACGACCGCGGUGGCAUCACCACCGAAUUUCCAAAACAUCUCUAGGCUAAAUUGGAAUGGUAUAAGCAACACCGGUGGAGGGUUUUCUGCCAUGAGCACGGACGAAGUGUCUCGAAUGUUCAUGCCUCAGCGCAAAACUGUGCAGCGGAGCAACUCGUCUUCAUCCCUUUCAUCCACCAGUUCUUCCGGGUCAACCGUCACACUGACGCAAAACGAUAUCAAUGGCGAACAAGGGCAUGGUGCGAAGAAAAAAGCAAGAGGAGGGUUCUGGCCUGUCUCCAAAUCCGAGUCAACUGCCAGUGUGUCCAAUGCCCGAGCGAAUGGAUCUCUACAGACCGCGAUCGGCAAUUCUCUGGUUGGAAAGAACGCCGUCCAACCUGCCUUACCUAGUCAGAGUCCUACGGGUCAAGCGAACGGAGCACGGGUUGUGCAUGGACAAUCUCCCGCCGAGCCUGCCGCAAUAUUGGCUCUGUUACCGAUGAAUGGCACUUUUGAACGAAAGCAGAUUAAUCUCCCUUUCUUUCCAGAAGUUCUGCGAAUCGGACGCCAGACGAAUGCAAAAACCGUGCCGACCCCGAUGAACGGAUAUUUCGAUUCGAAAGUACUAUCACGACAACAUGCCGAAGUUUGGGCCGAUCGGACUGGAAAAGUUUGGAUCCGAGACGUCAAGUCAUCAAAUGGUACAUUUGUCAACGGACAACGUUUGUCUCCUGAAAACAGAGAGUCCGAGCCGCAUGAACUUCGUCAGCAUGAUACGCUGGAAUUGGGUAUUGAUAUUGUGAGCGAAGAUCAGAAAACCAUUGUUCAUCACAAAGUGUCGGCCAAGGUCGAGUAUGUUGGAGUGCCGGGGAAUACUAGUAAUGUUCUGGACCUCAGUUUUGGUGAUCUUGAUCCGUCACAUGGUGGCCCACUGCUUCCGUCGCCUAUCAGUUCGCCUAUGACACGCGGCCGACCUGGCGCGCCGCUUGCAAAUGGGCGCAUGUCGGCUUCUUCAAGCGUGGCGGGAAGUCAAUUGAGCUCGGCAGCCCAACAACGGCAAAUGAACUUUUGGGGAGCCCCGUUGAAUGUCGAGCAACUUGUCAAGUCGAUAUCGCAUGAGAUGCGAGCAGCGAGACAGCAAGCAGACGAACUGGAACAGACAAACACAUUUUUACACUCGCUGAUCACAUCCGACGGCGAGGCUCCCAAAGUACAGCAACCAGUAAAGGAACCGGCAUCGCAGCGCCAGUCGAAUGGACGCCCAAGAGGGCCCAAGAUGGAUCAUGUUGCACGUUUUGCCGAGCCUCCGGCUCCUCCACCACAGCAACCCUUACCCGAGAAGCCAGACUCUGCUAAGGCAAGUCCGGUCACGACAUCAUUCACUAAUCUGUUGAAACGGAAUGAUACAGCAAAACAGCCCAACAACGCAUCUCAUUCUCCUACCAACACCCACAACAGUCAGAUGUUGUCUCUGAUUGAAGCAUUAUCGAUCGCGAAAAAGGAGCUUGACUCUCAAGGGGCUAAGGUCAAAGAGCUAGAAGAUAGGUUAAAGCAAGAACGAAUAGCGCGAGAAGAAGCGGAAGAACGAGCACGGAAACUGGAGCAACAUGCCGCAGCACGACCAGUAUCUGUGGUGGAAGAGCAAUCGGAGCCUUCGGCUGAUAUCGAGCAGUCUGAGAUCCAGACCGCCGAGACUACGACCAAGACCGACGUGGAUGGUGAUGCGGAAGAGAGAGCCAUCGCGCUUCAACAGAACAUCGAUCAAAUGCUGGGAGACAUGCAAAGAUUGAGAUCGGAUGUGGACCAAUUCCGGCGCCGUGCUGAGACAGCUGAAGCAGAUGCUGCCGGUGCAAGGAAGAGUCUAGCCGACAUGAUUGAGAAGCUCAGGCAGGAGAACCAGGAGACGGAGAGGUCGCCUAGAAAACCCAACAAGCGACACGCCACAAGUCAAGAAGACGAAGCCACCACAGAUACUAUGGAGGACGAACUCGACUCCAGUAACCAACCUCCAAUCAAAUGGCAAUCCCACGCCAACGGACAUGUUCGAGUGCCGAGAUUACCUGAGCAUUUGGAACGCGCCGUUACGACUAUACUGCAAGAAAAGAAUGGCAACGGCGAUACUCUUGCACAGUCAGCGCCAUAUGUGUCCAUGCUUGGAGUGGUGCUGAUAGGAGUCGGGCUAAUGGCGUACCUGAAUUCCUGGCAGAAGGGGGAGAGAUGACAACCGAUGCCCGAUACACGGACCAUUUCCUUUCGUUGAACAUAAUUUUCUUUCCUUUUGUUUCGGCGGUGUCACGACAUCAGCGUCCAGCUUGUCACUCGUUAUUCACAAGCGUGGCAUAUCAGCACGGCGUUCAAGAACUGGUUGGUCACAGUGCUUUUUCCAUGGAGCAUAGCCAGCAUUCUUAGGGGAAAUUGCUGCACGGCGUAUGUGGGAGUCAGACUAAAAGACAUGGGUGACUGCGGAGUGUCUGGGUUGAAUUGAGGCCGACAGAGCAAAGCAAGAGGCUUGAUAUUGAUCGGUGGUCACGGCUUGUCUGGUCUGGCAUGGGCGUUUGUAUAUACGUCGAGAUGGAUUGUUAUUGAGAUGAAGCAGGCACUGGCGGUAUCUUUAUCUAGGUACAUUACCUAUGGUCUGCCAUGAAAUCACGUUACGAGACGAAUGAGAAAGGCUAGCUCACCAUGCAUGACAUCCUGAUAUGGAUGAGUAGCGAAGAUACAUCUAGAUUAUGAGCAUGUCU